CAAACCACUUAUAUUAAAUUUCUUGGAAAAGCACUGCCCAAUCCAAAACUACUUUUCCAAACGGAAAGACGACAACCAAUGAUUAACAAUUCCAUAAUAUACAAUCUUUUGUAUCAUAAAUUAUGAAGACCAAGACGUAGACUCAGAGCCAAAAGAGCAGAGAACCAUAAUCGGAGCUAAGGGAAAAAGAUGGCUCACCUGAAGCUUGAAGGCGCCAUUAAUUUGAAGGAAGAUCUCAUCGCAACCGCUUGCUCUGCCGCCAUUAAAGCUCACAAGCAUCCUGAGAAGCCAUUUCUUCUUGAUAAAACUAGAGAUUCCUCCAUCAUUAGCUUCGCCGGAUCUUCGUCGCCGGAAGCCUGGUUCUCUGCUUCCGAUUCGUCUUUUGGAGAAACCAAAAUCGAUACUCAGCUGUUUCCGUCAGUCAGGAGCAUCGGCGUCGAUGAUUAUGCCGUCGUCAAUUCCGCAUUUCUUCGGAGAUUCCAGGGGAUUUUGGGGAAGCUUAAGGAGGUUCUGAGAGUGAACAAGUCUGUGGUGUUUACCGGCCACUCAGCCGGAGGUUCGAUAGCCAUUCUUGCAACCAUCUGGCUGUUGGAACAGCAAAGAAACCCAGACUCAAACCCAUACACCAACUUCACUCCUACAUGUAUCACAUUUGGAUCUCCCCUUGUUGGUAACUUCAUUUUCUACCAUGCUCUCAAAAGGGAGAAAUGGUCCACCCAAUUUGUGCACUUUGUCACCAGAUACGACAUCGUUCCACGAAUCCAUCUUGCUCCUCUGUCAUCCUUACAACCACAACUACAAACCAUCCUCAACUGCCUGAACUCGAGAUCACUUGGGUCAACAGUGAAUGGAAACGUAGCUACCGAAUUCUUUAUGACGGUGAUGAGGAAUGCAUCGGCUGUGGUAAGCAACGCUGCAUGUCGUCUCAUGGGAAACACUAACCUUUUGCUAGACACAUUGCAAAGCUUUGUGAAAUUGAGUCCUUAUAGCCCUUUUGGCACAUACAUUUUCUUCACUGAGAGUGAGAAAGCGGUGGUGGUGACCAACCCAGAUGCUGUUUUACAAAUACUAUUCUAUGCUUGUCAGUUGAGCUCUGAGAGCGAAUGUGAUCACAUUGCUCAACAGAGUUUAAAGGCCCAUUGGGGUUAUGAAUCUAAAAUGCAGCAAAACUUGGAGCUACUGCAUGCCAUUCGCCUAGAUGAAUUGGCUAAGCUGCCAUUGUCCUUAACAGGCAGGAACACGGCAAUAACUGAAGCAUUGAAUGAACUUGGCCUAAGUACAAGAGCUUUAUUGAAUCUUCGGGCAGCAGGCGCAUAUGAAGAGCAGAAAACGAGAAAUAAAGAAAGGAUGGAAGUAAAGAAACAGAAUAUCGAGGAUCAUUUGAAUUGGCUAGAAGUAGAUUACAGAGCUGUUUGUAAGGUUGAUGGUUUCGGAUACUAUGAUGUAUUUAAACUCCAGAAGGAUCCAAUAGAUUUCCAAGCUAAUAUCAAGAGACUUGAACUAGCAGGUAUAUGGGAUGAGACUGUAGAAAUGCUCAAAAGAUACGAGCUCCCAGAGGAAUUUGAGGGCGACGAUGAAUGGAUAAAACUCGGAACCAGGUUUCGCCGUCUUGUUGAGCCUCUAGAUAUUGCUAACUACUAUAGACAUUCAAAGAAUGAUGACACUGGUCCUUAUCUGAUAAAAGGAAGGCCGAAACGUUACAGAUUUACACAAAGAUGGCUUGAGCAUAAUAAAAAAAUGUCAGAUCCUAGUGAAGAAUCAACUCUUUGGGCAAAAGUAGAGGAGAUCCGUAUCAAAACCAAAACCAAAAUGUACGCUGAAUGUUCAAGAGAAAUUAUAGAGCUGGAGAGGAAGAUGAAGCGAUGGAUCAAUGAGAUUGAAGAUGAUAUGUUGUUAAAGAAAUCUACCUUCAUGGAGUGGUGGAAGACACUUCCUGAGCAUCAUAGAUCACAGUCUUGUAUUAAGGAUGACAUCGAGAGGAUGGUGAAUGACAACAAUGCCACUAACACAAUGUAGUCCAACAUUAAUAAGCCAUUGUACUUGAAAAAGACAAUGACAUUCCAACAGCAUCCCUUCUGUUUGUAUGAAUAAUCAGAACUUAUUUAAAAAAUGUCCCUAAUGUAAUGAACAUGUUCUGAAACAAUUUCGCUACCAAUUUUAUAAUAGUGUUGAGGCUAUCAACAAGAUAAUCAACAA